AUGCGCCUGGGUAAAACAUCGUGGAGUGGAUUCUCCGUGGUUGCCCCCGAGGUGGCUGUCCCGGGGAAAACCACCGCUGUGCUUGUUACGCUGCACGGAAGGGCUGGGGAUGAGACAGUAGACCCUCUGAACGUGACAGUCCGUCUUGAAACGCAGGAUGACGAAAACGACGUGAAACUGCUAACAACGGCGAGUCAAAUGAUUAUCGGAUAUGGUAUUAUUUCUCUGAAGAUACCGGCGUCACCAGCGUCCCACUGCACUCUUCAUACGACUGUCGGCUGCGUCGGUAAUGAUGAAUGCACGUCUAAAAGUCACAGCGUGAUCAGACUUUUAGGGCCGGUCAGGGAUGUGAUCGUACGGCCAGCUCGCCACCACUACAGACCAGGAGAAACCAGUGUUCGUAAGCUUAGUGCGGUCGUCGCGUCAGGGGCUCGCUCCGGCGUGUGGCGAGUGGAAGCGAGAUGCGGCGGGGCCUCCGCCAGGGUCGAGAUGACAGUCGGCACUGGACCCAGCAGCGGCAGUGCCGCGGCGCCUGCAGCGGAACAACACUACGUGGAGCUCAGAUUCGCGGACAACAUGCGCCGGCGGUACAAGCCGGGGCUGCCUUUCGUCGGACGGGCGGAGUUGGUGGCCGUUGAAGGGAAGGAGAUUGAAACGCACUACGUUCUGGCGCGGGAGCGCAUCAAGCGUUGGAAUUCAACUUCGAAAUGCUACAUCCUCGUUGAGAAUCUACCGACGCCACUUCAGGCUGGUGGCGUUGCGAGCGCCAGUGUAUGGUCGUCGUGCGGCUGCCGACAGCGGCUUUUGGCGGCGGUCACCAGCGGUGGCAGGGCGGUACACUGGGCGGCGGUACCGGCUCCGGGAGACGCAAACAACGACGACUUGUGCCGCUUUAAUUACACGUUCCCCGUGACAGCUGACAUGGCGCCCGUAAGCUCGCUGCUCGUCUACUACGUGACGGAAGGCGGGGAGCCCGUGAGCGACGUAGUCACCUUCCACGUGCGUCUGCUGCACAAGGAGGUGGCGGUCGCAGUAGAGGAGAGACGCUGGUGGUAUCCGAGGGCUGCUCUGCAACUACGAGUUUUGGCACCGCCGGACUCCAUGAUGUGUCUGAUAGGCGCACGGUCUCCGCCAGACGCUCGGUUCGAUUCUCACCAACAACCUUCGGAGCGAGAGGAUCAACAGGGCCCAGAGUUCGUGUCGGCUGGUGUCUCCCUCUUCGUCGGAGGCGGCGCUUGUGGUGGUGGGGUUCUGUAUAGGCAGAGGACGGCGCCCGCGCCACGGGCCCCCGCGCAUCUAGUGCCACCAGCGUCCCAUGACCGGUUAUGGAUGUGGCGAUGCUUCAAUUACACAAGUCAACUGUCGACUGACGGUGUAACGAUAGCAGCCCCGUCAGAAGCAGGGCGCUGGUCCCUAUGGGCCUUGUCUCUGUCAAAUCGAGGUCUCCGCUUCUCCGCGCCGCGAACAAUAAACGUAUUCCGCCCGAUACAGCUGGACUUUGCUCUCCCGCCGGCUCUGAAAGUCGGCGAGACCGUGGAGGUCGACGUGAAGAUCACCAAUAAUAUCAACAAUUGCAUGGAUGUGACCGCUCUACUGGCGUUAAGCGCUGGUGCAGCUUUCGCGAGCACUGGAGCGCUUUACGUCACCGAGCGUCUUCGCCUCGGCCCUAGAGGUGGGACGCAGCUAGUCGUGAGGGUUGCCGUUAACACACCAGGAAGAAAAAACAUUACAGUUGAAGUCACUGGUUAUAGUGCAGACAAUUGUUCAGUAUCGUAUACGUCUUUUAACAACGAGACUCUCGUUGGCUCCGUGAUUAGAUCAGCGAGUGUAUUGGUGUUGCCCGAGGGUCUGCACAGAAGCGAUACGCAAAGCGCAUAUUUCUGUGCUAACGGCUACGACGUCCAUUUAGCAAGCGCUGAGCAAACGGAGAGUGACGACGAAUGCUCGGGUGCCGAGUCCUGGUGUGCCUGGUGGGUUUGGUGGGAGGGUGGCAAGUUGUCAGUUGGCAAAGGAGCUGCGCCCUCUGAGCGCAGACUUCUCGUGUGGCCUUUGACUGCAGACACGAGAAUCAACUACGUCGGAUUCAGCGCUUUGUGGGGCGACAAGGCUGACUUCAGAUGGAAAGGCAAGGAGCGUUCUGGCAUUCUUCGUCUGGAGUCUUCACUAUUUUCGGGAUACGAAUUACAUUCUGUUAAUCCCGUAGUACUGGAUGGUGCCACGUUUGCUGAUUUACAUUAUGGCUCUAGAGGGGAAUCUGUUUGGUUUGUUUUCGCAAACACGUUC